CAAGUUCAUAGGUAACUAAAUAUUUAAAAAUAUAUAAAUGCGCAGUUCUGUCUCGCUGUGCCAGAAUUGAACAACGUACACUGUAUACAUAUUUGCGUGAAGUUACCCUCUCUGUACUCACAUUUGGAGGAAAAAUCCAUCAUGCAGUGUGGCUUACGGUUUGGAAAUUGUAUCAACCAUGUUCAUCGCUCACCAUUAAUUUUGCGAGCACAGGCUUCUAGCAAGUAUAUAAAGGGUAGUUUCAGGUCGACUAGUAGUGCCUAUAUGGGUGCUAUAUCCAAUCAUCGUUCAAUUGGUACUGUAGCACCAGCUAGUGGCGAUUGUAGGGAAGAUGACGACGUUGCGAAGAACAACAGGGCCAAACGAUUUAGGCAUCUAUAUAAGGGUCUGAGUGAGACUGAAAGGACGUUUAUCGAUACUCUCGUCCGGGUGGAUCAUGCUGGUGAGCUCGGUGCUGAUCGUAUCUACGCAGGGCAGUAUGCUGUUCUUAAGACGACACCGGUGGGACCUACCGUCAAAGAAAUGUGGGAGCAAGAGAAGCACCAUUUGGCCACUUUUGAGAGACUUAUGAACGAAUACAGAGUACGCCCUAGUGCACUAUACCCUGUGUGGAACGUUGCCGGGUGGGUUUUGGGUGCAGGCAGUGCUGCUUUGGGUAAAGAGGCUGCGAUGGCGUGUACUGUAGCUGUUGAGACAGUCAUUGGCGAGCAUUACGACAGUCAAUUGCGUGAACUGCUUAGUAUGGAUGAAGCAAAAGAGGGCGAUAGAGAAAGGAGAGCUGAGCUAUGCGGGAUUAUAAGUCAGUUCAGAGAUGAAGAGCUGCACCAUCUGGAGACAGGAUUAGAAAAUGAUGCUGAGAUGACGCCAUUUUAUAAUGCAUACAAGACGGUGAUUGAAACUGGGUGUAGAGCAGCCAUCAAGGUCGCUGAAAGAGUGUGAACCAGUCGGCGAAACAAACAUGUGGCACGUUCAGAUACUCGGAGUGGCCGCCAUGAUACAACAAAUCAGAGAAGUAAACCUAUCUCGGGAGCAUGAGAUACUCCUAGAUAUAUCGAUAUUGGAUGGAUAGAAUCCCCACUGAGGCCACGAUCAUCCAAUUUAUAGAUAACAGCAUGUUGCAAUUCAAUCUGUAUAUCGUACGUACACUGUACUAUUUAUUUGAUUAAAAAAGCGGUGACUUAAGCAUAAAUGUUAGCAAGCCGUCUUCUUCACCACUUUUGGAUAUACGAAGCAAGAGAAAAGUGUGCGAUAUUUAUAAUAGGUAGACGAGUUGUAGA